CUGCAAGGAUUUUACAUCAGCCCUGAUCACUCUGGCUCAACUUGUGCGUCCCAUGCAGACUUCAAUCAGAGUCUUGCAUUGAAUGUCCCGCUUCACAGGGCUUGGUGUUAUCAUUUUUGUUUUUUUGCCAUGUUAAUAGUUCAACAAUUAACUGAGGAGGGAAGAGACCUGCUGUGCUGACUAAACACAGACUGAGAUCACUCACACUUCUGCUCUGAGCUCCUGAGCGAGACAUGGGGAAAGUCUACUAUAUCAGUAAAAAUGUGGGCAUUGGCUUGUUUGUCCUGGCCGCUAUCGCUUUGACCACCAUAAUUGCUCUGUCCAUUGCCUACCACAAGGAAAGGAUCAAGAACAGAGGCAGGCCCGGCGACGGUGCAUCAGACAACACCAGUGUGCCUACACCUUCCACCACCCCCUUUACUUCAAAGGAUCCCUGGGACCACUACAGACUUCCUGACUCCCUUUUUCCCAUCUCUUACAAUUUGACCCUGUGGCCUCGGCUGGAGCCAAACGCAGAUGGCCUAUACAUUUUCACUGGAAAUUCAGCAGUGGUCUUCAAAUGUGUGAAGGAAACGGACCUCGUCAUCAUCCACUCCAAUAAGCUGAACCUCACUGGGAACCAGGUGAAACUGAGUGGCCUGGGUGACGCCAGUGCUCCCACCGUUGAUAAGUUUUGGUUUGUAGUGAAGACGGAGUAUCUGGUUCUUCAGCUGCGCAGCAGCCUGGCUGUGGGAGCGAGUUAUGUUCUUCACACUGAAUUUCAGGGAGAGCUGGCAGACGACCUGGAAGGCUUCUAUAGGAGUGAAUACACCGAGGAUGGUGUUAAGAAAAUUGUUGCUACGUCGCAGAUGCAAGCGACAUUCGCCAGGAAAGCCUUCCCUUGCUUUGAUGAACCAGCCAUGAAAGCCAUCUUCAAUGUCACCAUCAUCCACAACCCAGGCACUGUGGCUCUGUCCAACAGCAGGGAAACUGAUACUGCAGACUCUGUCAUUGAUGGCAUUCCCAUCAAAGUAACUACAUUUGAGCCCACCAAGAGAAUGUCCUCAUAUCUGUUGGCAUUUAUCGUCAGUGACUUUGUUAGCAUCCAGUCAAACCAAAACAGUAAUUUGUUGGUCCGAAUUUGGGCUCGGAAAAAAGCCAUAAAUGAUGGACAUGGUGACUAUGCUCUCAGUGUAACAGGACCAAUCCUUCAGUUCUAUGAAGAAUACUACAGCGCAGCAUAUCCACUCUCUAAGUCAGACCAAAUCGCUCUGCCUGACUUCAAUGCUGGGGCAAUGGAGAACUGGGGUCUGGUCACAUACAGGGAGACGGCCCUGCUCUAUGACCCCUUUGUAUCCUCCACUGCCAACAAAGAGGGAAUUACUUCCAUCAUUGCCCAUGAACUUGCACACAUGUGGUUUGGCAACCUGGUGACAACACGAUGGUGGAAUGACCUGUGGUUGAACGAGGGCUUUGCGUCAUAUGUUGAAUAUCUAGGAGCCGACCAUGCUGAGCCCACCUGGGACAUGAAAGACCAAAUUGUUCUGUAUGACGUGCACAAGGUGUUUGCUGUUGACGCCCUGGCCUCCUCUCACCCGCUCUCCCGACGAGAGGAGGAAGUAAAUGAGCCUUCUCAGAUCAGCGAGAUGUUUAACACCAUCUCCUACAGCAAGGGGGCGGCUGUGCUCAGGAUGCUGUCUGAGUUUCUCACAGAACCUGUGUUUGCCAGAGGACUAAGUUCUUACUUGAACACUUUUGCCUUCAGCAACACAGUGUAUACAGACCUGUGGGACCAUCUCCAGCAGGCCGUUGAAAACACGGCAAGUGUGCAGAUUCCACACACUGUCCAUGACAUCAUGAACCGCUGGACUCUCCAGAUGGGCUUCCCAGUUAUCACUAUUGACACUCAGACAGGAAGGAUCACUCAGAAACACUUCCUGCUGGAUCCAGAGUCUGUAGUGCACAGGCCCUCUCAGUUCAACUACACGUGGUUUGUCCCUGUUAAAUGGAUGAAAACAGGCGUGGAGCAGCAACAAUACUGGCUCCUUCAAAAGACAGACACCAACAGUCAGAUGAGAGUGUCAGGAAAUGACUGGGUGCUGGCAAACACCAAUGUAUCUGGAUACUUCAGGGUGAACUACGAUCUUGGCAACUGGGAACGUCUCCUUUCUUUGCUCAGCACCAACCAUCAGGCUUUAUCAGUCAUCAACAGAGCACAGAUCAUAGAUGAUGCGUUCAACCUCGCAAGAGCCAAAAUAGUAAGUACAACAUUGGCCCUGACAACUACCAAGUACCUGCACAAGGAGAGAGACUACAUGCCUUGGGAAUCGGCUUUAAGAAACCUGGACUACUACAUCCUCAUGUUUGAUCGAACUGAAGUCUAUGGAGCUUUCCAGGCAUAUCUCAAGAAACAAAUACAACCCCUUUUUGGGCACUUCAAAUCAAUUACUGCGAACUGGACCAAAAUACCAGAAGGCCACACUGACCAGUAUAAUCAGAUUAAUGCCAUUGCAAUAGCUUGUGAUGUGGGUGUGGAGGGCUGCCGAGAGCUGAUCAAAAGCUGGUACAGACAGUGGAUGGAAAAUCCAAGUCACAACCUGAUCCAUCCCAACUUGAAGAGCACAGUUUACUGCAGGGCCAUCGCGUAUGGUGGCGUAAAGGAGUGGGACUUUGCCUGGACGAUGUUCAAGAAUGCCACUCUGGCAUCUGAAGCUUCCCGGCUCAGGGCAGCCAUGGCCUGCACCAAAUUACCUUGGCUUUUGAACAGGUAUCUGGAGUACACCUUAGAUCCGACGAAGAUCCGCAAGCAAGACGCCACCUCGACCAUCCGUGUAAUUGCACAAAAUGUUGUGGGGAUGCCCCUGGCCUGGAACUUCAUCAGAGCCAAGUGGAGUUACAUUUUCCAGCAGUACGGAAAGGGAUCGUUUUCCUUCACGAACCUCGUCGCCGGACUCACGAUGAGAUUUUCCACAGAGUUUGAGUUACAGGAGUUGAAGCAAUUUAAAGAAGACAACCUUCAUAUUGGGUUUGGCUCAGCCACCAUGGCCUUAGAGCAGGCCAUAGAAAAGAUCACGUCCAACAUCAAAUGGGUGAGAGACAACAAAGCCCAUGUGCACAAGUGGCUUACUGAUGAGUCCACAUGAGAAGAGGAACUACUGAAGCCUCCAGAAGUCCUAAUGACAUCUUGUCUUCUUUUUUUUUUAAAACUACCAUGUAUGUAUUCCAUUUAAAUCAAGAUGAGCCAAUAAUCAGUGUGUAACAAGUCGUGUGAAACGCCAGGCAGCUUCAGCAAUUAUUAACACGGAUCAGACUGUGACUGUAAUCAUGCCUAAACCAUGCAAACGUCAAAGUGACUGUGUUACGAUUAUAGUCAGAUGAUUGGUUAGGUGUGUAUCUGGGUGGUGGCUCCAUGUUAAAGGAAUACUUCACCGAUUUGCAUCUAGCUUUGUAUUACUAGAAUAG